AUGGCUUCUGUGUGGAAAUGGGCCAGAUUGGUCGGUGGUUUUGUGUGUGGAGUUUCAGUCAGUACUGGUGCGUGUAUUACAGCUGUUAAACUGUAUCUGCCUGAACAAAAUGAAGAGAACACACUGGAAAAAACAGAAAGUUCACAUUUAAGACUCAUUAAGCUGUAUGGACUGCCUUUGAAUGGAGAUGAGACCAAAUUCUACACAAACCACAUCUUGUCAUACGAUCAAAGCCGCAGGACACCGAAAUGGGUGGCAGAACACCUAUCCAAUGAAAAACUGCUUGGAAAAGCAGAAAGGAAGCACUGCAAAUUCAAGCCAGAUCCCAGUAUCUCUAAGCUUUUCACUGCACAGAAUGAAGACUACCUCAGCAGUGGCUGGUCUCGAGGACACAUGGCACCGGCUGGCGACAACAAAUUUUCAGAGCAAGCAAUGGCAGAGACCUUCUAUCUGUCCAAUAUUGUCCCACAGAACUAUGAAAACAACGCUGGAUUCUGGAACAGAUUGGAAAUGUACUGCAGAGAGCUGACUGAGACAUUCAGUGAUGUCUGGGUGAUCUCAGGACCGCUUACCCUAGCCCAGGUAGAAGAUGGGAAGAAGACUGUCUCAUAUCAGCUGAUUGGUAAAGAUGAAGUCGCUGUUCCCACUCAUCUCUACAAAGUAAUCCUUGUGAGGAAAAAUCCUUCGGAUAAUCAUCUGGCUCUGGGUGCCUUUGUGGUGCCAAAUGCACCAAUCGGUUUUGAUCACCAGCUGACGGAGUACCAGGUGAACCUGACUGAACUGGAAAGAAUAUCAGGUCUGACAUUUUUUCCUGAACUGAACAGAACUGAAGGUGUAAGAAACCUCUGCUCGUUGCACUCGUGUGAACUCAUGGACUUCAAGCGUUUUACCUUGUACAUUACUGGUCGUAAGAUGGGCAGUGCUAAGAGCAUCAUAAAACUGGACAAGAUCAUGGCAGAGUUAAAGGAAUCUGGUAUAACUCCUGAUGAGUACUUGAAUAAACGGUACCUGGAGAAGAAACAGCAACUAAUAGAGAAAGAAAGCGCUAAGAGAAAGUCAGGAUAACUCGAUGCUGAACAGCUGUAUUAUGUUUCUGUAUUAUUUUUUG